AUGCCGACUCGCCAACGGCGCCCCACUGAGAACCGCCCAAAAGGUUCUGGUUCUGCAACCAGCGAGGCGGUAUCGGUCGCGGAGACAGUGCUCGAACAGCCUCCCAGAGUCAUCAAAAAGCUCCUGCACUGGGACGAGCUGCCGCACUGGCAACGGGACAACCAUCACAUCCACUCGGGAUAUCGACCCGCCUCCUAUUCGUUCCUGGGGUCUUUACACUCGCUGACUUACGUUCACAAUGAAACGGUCAACAUCUACACGCAUCUUCUCCCUUCGCUGCUGUCCGUCCCCGCGGCCGUCGUACUGUAUCAGGCGUUGGCCCCGCGGUACGCGACGGCCACCCACGGCGAUAUCGGGGCGUUCAGCUGUUUCUUCGCGGGAGCAGCGUUCUGCCUGGGGAUGUCGGCCACCUAUCAUACCAUCUCGAAUCACUCGCCAGUGGUAGCCCGCAUCGGGAACGCGCUCGACUACAUCGGGAUUGUAGGUCUGAUCGUGGGCAGCUUCGUGCCCAGUGUGUACUAUGGGUUUUACUGCAUGCCAAACUUGCAACGGCUGUAUUGGACGAUGAUCUGCGGCAUCGGUCUUGGCUGCGUCUUCGUCUCGGUUCUUCCUCAGUUCCGCACCCCGGGCUGGCGCCCGUUCCGCGCCGCCAUGUUCGUCGGCAUGGGCCUGUCCGCGGUGUUUCCUGUGCUCCACGGGCUGCGGCUAUACGGCCGGAAGCUCAUGAUGCGCCAGAUCGGUUUGGGCUGGCUGCUCCUCCAGGGGCUUUUGUAUAUUCUGGGGGCGGCCAUUUACGCCGCUCGCGUCCCGGAACGGUUGCGACCCGGCAGGUUCGAUCUGCUGGGGAGCUCGCAUCAGAUCUUCCAUGUGUUGGUGGUGUGUGCCGCGGUGGCUCACCUGACCGGGCUGCUGAGCGCAUUUGAUUACAGACACAGUGGGAUUGCAGAGACCUGCCCGCGGAUCUGA